GUUUGUAGGUUAUGUUCACGAUCGUGUUAUGUUCGUUAAUCGUUUCGUUAGUUGUUUACAAAAACAAAUAUUUUUACUAGGACUGUAUUGCCCUACACUUUUGGCUGUCGUGAUUUUAUAAUAAUAAUAAUAAUGCUUCAAAUUCAACAAUAUAGUGAUAGUGGUGAUUCUGAUUUUGAUGAAAAUGCUACUACUGCUCAUUUGAAACCUUUGGACGAUGGGAAAACUAUUGCAAAAAUUGCACUUAGUAAUGUUUGUGCAGCACCAGAUGUUACUCCAAUGGGUCCAUCUGAUAGCAUGAAGUUUGUAGAUGUCACUACAAAGGAACUUACUAAAAAUCUCAAGUAUGAAGAACUUUUUGCUCCUGAAUUGGGGCCAGAGAAUCCUUUUUUGACUCAACAACAAAGAGCACAAAAAAACACACUUUCUGGAUUUGUAGAAAAAGCUCAUAUUAGUGAAUUCCAGUUUGAAAACCAAAGAAGAACGUUCAGUAGCUAUGGUUAUGCUAUUGACCCUACUGUUGACAAUGAAAACGAAGGUAAAACUAUUGUUGGGGCCACGCUCGCAGCAGAGGAGACAUCGAUGAAGACUGUGUUUGAGGCGACAACCAAAAGACCAUUGGACAAGAGAAAACGAAAGAAAAAUGAUGAUCCAGGAGACAUUGAGGGAUUUCUUGGUCCUUGGGGUGGUUUUAAAGAUGAGCAGCGAGUUAUGAAACCUAAUGAGGCUGAAGCUGAGGAGCUAGAGGAGUAUUUGGCCAAGAAACAGAAACGCGGGAAGCAAUCUGAUGAUAAACCUUUGGAGGAGAAAACCGUUUUACACAUCAAGGACAGUACAGACUACCAAGGUCGUUCGUUUAUACAUCCUCCUCAGGACGUCGGUGUUAACCUCAAGUCAGAGACACCUCCAGAUAGAUGCUUCUUGCCCAAAUCUCACAUUCACACCUGGCAGGGACAUACCAAGGGAAUCUCUGCCAUCCGCUGGUUCCCCCACUCUGCUCACUUGCUGCUGUCUUGCAGUAUGGAUUGUAGGGUCAAGCUGUGGGAAGUUUACAAAGACCGACGGUGUGUGAGGACUUACUACGGCCACCGUCAGGCUGUCAGAGACAUUGCCUUCAACAACCCUGGCACACAGUUCCUCUCAGCAGCAUAUGAUCGGUACAUCAAGUUAUGGGAUACUGAAACAGGAGAAUGUAUCUCUCGUUUCACCAGCCGCAAGAUACCGUAUUGUGUCAAAUUCAAUCCUGACGAAGAUAAACAACAUCUCUUUGUAGCGGGAACAUCGGACAAAAAGAUUAUUUGCUGGGACACCCGCAGUGGUGAGAUUGUCCAGGAGUAUGACAGGCAUCUUGGAGCAGUCAACUCCAUUACCUUUGUAGAUGAGAACAGAAGAUUUGUCACCACCUCCGAUGAUAAGAGUCUUAGAGUCUGGGAAUGGGACAUCCCAGUGGACAUGAAGUACAUAGCGGAUCCCAGCAUGCACUCCAUGCCUGCUGUCACUCCGUCACCCAACCACAAGUGGCUGGCAUGUCAGAGCAUGGACAACAAGAUUGUCAUAUUCUCAGCUCUCAACCGGUUCAAACUUAACCGCAAGAAGACAUUUACAGGUCACAUGGUCGCUGGAUAUGCCUGCUCUCUAGACUUCUCUCCUGAUAUGAGCUACAUAGUGUCAGGAGAUGCUGAUGGCAAGACCUACGUGUGGGACUGGAAGACAACCAAACUGUUCAGCAAAUGGAAGGCACAUGACAACGUCUGUAUAUCUGUUCUUUGGCAUCCUCACGAGCCCAGCAAGCUAGCCACAGCGGGCUGGGACGGUCUCAUCAAAUACUGGGACUAAACUAACCCAACGGACAUUUUGUAUAUAGUUUUUAAUAAAUAAUUUAUACAGUUUAUUGCCAUAUAAAGA